AGUUCACCCAGAUCCCUUCCGCCAUCCAACAUGCCGGAAGAGGACCGAAGUUUGCUGCGGGACGAGCCCGCGCAGACGCCGUCCAGCUGCAGCUGCUGCUGUGUCCUAAAAUGGACCCUCUGCGGUCUUUUGCUGCUGGUGGGGGCGGCUGUGGCGCUGGAAGUAUGUCUCCCGCAGAAGCCCAAGGAGCUUGGCCAGACGAAUGCGGAAGUCGAUGAGCUGGCGCAGGUGGUGCUGCAGUUGGUGCAGGACCAGAAGCUCAAAGCGGAAGCUCGUCAGGUGGAAGGAGACGCUGAGUGGGGAAAGGACCUGCAGGCGGACGCGGGUAAGAUCAUGGACCUGCUGCGAGCCAUGGAGGGCCAGCUGUCCCCAGAGGUGGCGGCGCGGAUCGGCGUGGAGAUCACCUCCGACGACAUCGCGCGGAUCAUGGGCGUGACGGGAACCCACGGCCACCAAUUCAACCUGGAGGAUGCCAAGAAGGGAGCCUUCCAGGGUGACAUGGUGCCAGCUGACAGCGAUCAGCUCAAGAAGUUCGUCGACACGGCGGAGGCGCAAACAAGGAAGGCCAGAGGCAGCUUCGGUACUGGGACGCCGUGGACCAAGGGAAUCGUGAACUUUUGCUUCCAUCACAGCGCGACAGAUCGUGUCAAAGAGGCAGUUCAAAGUGCCAUCCAACAGUACAAGAAGGCGGUUCCCUGCAUCCAGUGGAACGAUGUGGGCCUAAUGUCGGACGAGGAAUGUCAAGAGUCUCCUGCAGUGUUGAUCACCUCCUCCGAAAAAGGAUGUUGGUCCUACGUGGGGAUGUUGAAAAACCGGAAGUCUCAGCAGUUGAACCUGCAGAGUCCGGGCUGCGAUUCCGUGGGCACUGCGAUCCACGAAAUGGGACAUGCCUUGGGCAUGAGCCACGAGCAAGCGCGACCGGAUCGGGAUGAGUACGUGGAAAUCCACGCAAGUCGGAUCCGCGAGGGGAAAAAGCACAACUUUGACAUUAAUCCAAGAGGUGACACGGAGCGGCCCUACGAUCUCUUGUCCAUCAUGCACUAUGAUGCGGACUCCUUUUCCACCGAUGGCAAGCCAACCAUCACCGCCAAGGACAAGGCUUAUGAGCUUUACACCGACAACGCAAGUUUGUAUCACCUCUACAAAAUGGGAAAUCGAGUUGGCCUGACACAACUGGAUGCCGAUCAAGUUGCCGAUCUCUACAGAGCUGAGAAUGGCCUUUGCCUGAGCCACUUGCUGGGUGAGUAUGGCGAGCAUUCGUGUAUUGACCUCCAGAAAGGCGGUGCACCGUGGAAAGACAAAUACAACCGGAAUUGUGAUGACUAUGUGAGGAUGCAGGAGAAAGGUCGCAUCAAGAGCUGUGCAGAGUGGGCGUCCAAGAAGUACUGCUGCGACUGCAACGGCGGCUUGCGUUUGCAGACGUGGGCCGUGGAAUGCGACCUUUGUCGCCCCGUAUCCUUGGGAGGUUGUGAUUGCAAGGAAGGGCCAUGGACUUUGUUUGGUGAGAAGAGCAGCACUGCCUGUGGCAAUCCAGGCUACGUCAAUCACUUCCCCAUGUGUGUGGUGGACGAGUCCUGCAAAGACAAGUUCAGCCUGGGCGGCUUGCACUUGGCGCGAUGUGCUACAUACACCAGCUUCACCACUAAGGGCUGCAGAUGCAAACGACACCGUAAUGGUUGGACCUUCAAGAGAGAUGGCAAAGAAGUCCGUGUGCCAAACACCUGUGGCAAUCCAAACGAGCACGCGCACGGGCCAUGGUGUUAUGUCGAAGAGAACGAGCAGGAGUGUCAAGGAGACACCUGGGGAACCUGUGAAGAAUCAGAAGUGCACAGUGCUCCGAUCGAGGUUUAGACGCACCAAACCCGGGCAUCUCCAACUUGUGCAACUCUCAAUCUGGAGGGGUGCACCUGUGUCACUUGCAAUAUGUAUGAACUGAAAUUCAAGGAAACCCGUGACAUGAUAAACAUGUCAACAAACUAGCAGGAUGUCCAGUGAAUUCAGCUUUGAAAUUUCCAGCAACUGACGAGGCACCACGUUGCCUGAUGGGCACUUAACAUGUUUGGUUGCAUAGGAAUCAUAUGACUCCCGCGCGAAAGAUUCGUGAAAAAGCAGGUUCGAGUCUUCUGACUCUCCCCGAUUCGGGCUCUUAAUGGCCUGACCUUGAUCCAAGCAGGACUUGCCACGACCCAAGUGUGAGCCCUUCCUAAUGUUGACC